CCUCCCUCCCAAACCAUGUCCGGAGGACUCAACUCGCUCGCCACUAUCAUCAAGCGGCUCGAAGCCGCGACCUCGCGCUUGGAGGACAUCGCGGCGGCACAGGGCGCGCCGGUAGCGCCCCUCAGCGCCGCGGACCUCGAUGGAUCUGCACUUCCGACGGCGGGGCCUACGCACACUGCGGCGAAGGGAGCUGCCGCGCCUGCUGCACCGGCUGAGGACCCCAAGAGCGUCACUGCAUACGACGAGCUGAUCCUCCAGGGCAAGAUCAAGCCUUUCGUCGAGCUCACGAAAUCCUUCGCCGCGCCGGCGGUCGUCGAGGCGGUCACCCUCGUCGAGAAGCAAUUCACCGACCUCCGCGGGCUGCUCCUCAAAGCCGGCGCGUGCCAGAAGCCCGACGCGAAGGCGAUCGAGCAGCUCCUCAUCCCGCUCCAGAAGGACAUCGAGGCCGUGCAGCGCUGCAAGGAGGCGAACCGCAAGGAGCGCGACUGGCUCAACCACCUCACCGUGCUCGCCGAGGGCGCGCCGUGUAUCGGGUGGGUCGUGCAGGUCAAGCCCGGGCCGUACGUUGGGGAGAUCAAGGACAGCGUGGCGUACUAUGGGAACAGGAUUAUGAAGGAGUUCAAGGAUAAGGACCCCAAGCACGUCGACUGGGUCCGCGGAUUUACAGGAAUACUGGAUGAAUUGCGCAAAUAUGUGAUGGAAUACCACACUACGGGCCUUGCCUGGAAUCCCAAGGGCAUUACGAUUGACAAAUACGCCGCCUCCUCCCCCGCAGCUCCCGCCCCAGCAGCCGGUGGCGCCCCACCUCCGCCACCUCCCCCUCCCCCUCCUCCCGCCGCUCCUCCCGCGCCCGCCGCCACCAGCGCAGCCCCCGCCGCCGGAGCUGCUGCCGUCUUCGCCGAACUCAACCGCGGCGAGGAGGUCACUAAGGGCCUGCGCAAGGUCGACAAGAGCGAGAUGACGCACAAGAACCCCGCGUUGCGCGCUGGCAGCACGGUGCCGAGCUCCGUGGGUACGACGUCGCCGCCGACUGCGAAGAAGCCAUUGAGACCGACGAAGCCUCAAGCGCUGAUGGGGAAGAAGCCGGCUAAGCUGGCGCUGGAGGGCAAGGCUUGGAAUGUGGAAUACCAAGAAAACGAGCCGGCCCUCACUUUGGAGGACGUGCAGAUGAACCAGACGGUCAACCUCUUCAACUGCAAAAAGUCCACUAUCGUCAUUAAGGGCAAGGUCAACGCCGUAUCACUAGUCAACUGCGAAAAGACCUCGAUCCUCGUUGACUCUGUCGUAUCCUCCAUCUCGGUCACCAAAUCCCCCAACUUCGCCAUCCAGAUCACCGGCGUCUGCCCGACGAUCCAGCUCGACUCGACGGACGUGGGGCAGAUCUACCUCUCGAAGGACUCGCUCGCAGUCGAGAUCACGACGGCGAAGUGCAGCAGCAUCAACGUCAGCCUGCCCGUCGAGGGCGAGGAGGAGGGCGUGUUCGAGGAGCAGCCCGUGCCGGAGAUGCUCAAGACGGUCGUGCAGGGCGGCAAACUGGUGAGCUCGAUUGUGGAGCACGCGGGCUAGAUUUCGAAGCGUGGUCGGGUAUAUUUGAGAGGAUUGGGUCCGUUUACGUUGGAUAGUGGAAAACAUAUUGUUCAUAAAGCCGA